UCGUCAGUUUUCGGUGGUCUGUCGGAACGGUAAGAGUGUAAUUGUGUGGCAUAUACUUCUGGCAAUAAGGACGUAAUACUGCGCUAAUUACAGUUUAUUCAAUAAAAAAUUAUUUCAAUUUGUAUGGAAUUUCAAUAAAAGAGAUAUUCUAACAAAAGAUUUGACAUGGAGAGAUUGUUGUUAAAGCUUUUUUUAUACAAUCUAAUAUUUAUAAAUGCAACAUUUAUAAAUGCACAAUUUUCAACAGGAUCUACUUUACCGCGUUACAUUAUACCAGAGCAUUAUAAUCUUAAGUUAGAACCAAAUUUCGAAGUAGAAAAGAAAAAUUUUAAGAUUUUCGGUAGAUGUGAGGCCUACGUCAAGAUUAUCCUUGUAUCGUGGUGCAUAGCUGUGCACGCACAAAAACCGCAGAUAAAAAUAGAAAAUUUUACUGUCACCAAUACGGAGUCAUUAAAAGUUUAUAGCCCGGUAAUUCAUCCGUAUAAGGGAAACACUCAUAUUGUCAACUUUUGCUUCCCUGAACUAUUGCAAAAAGGAUAUUAUUUAUUAAACAUAAGUUUCAUCGGACGCUCAGACAAUGAUGGAAACGCUUUUUUCAAAACUUAUACACGUACACGGUUUAAUAGAAAAAAAAGGUGGUUUCUCGCAACACAACUCGGGGCAAUUGGGGCUCGACAAUUUUUUCCAUGUUUGGAUGAACCUAAAUUUAAGGCGACGUUUAAUAUUAGUGUGAAGCAUCAUACGCAGUAUUCUGUGCGGUCAACUAUGCCGAUACUAAAAGAAAUUGUCGGUGAAAAUAACAUGGUGUGGACACAUUUCAAAACCACUCGUUUAAUGCCUACUUAUCUCAUAUCGCUCCUAUUAUAUGAUACUCUUAAUUUCCCGAUCAUUGAGUAUAACAUACUACGCCAAGUGUUGUUCCGUACAGACACACAUUUUGUAAUAGAUAAUUUAUUAUUCAUUAAAAACGUUACAAAACGCUUCGAAAUCGAAUGGAUGGCAUAUUCUCAGAACCUUUCAUCUACAUAUCAUCUUAUAACUUCCGCGGGUCCUCAGCAUAAUAGCAUGGGCCUUAUUCUUUAUAGGGCAUCAAAUGUUUUAUAUGAUAAAAAGUUCGAUCCUGUUUCCAAAAAAAUAAAAACAGCAUGUUUCAUAGCGCAUGAAGUGGCACGUCAAUGGAUUAAUAAUCUGAUCACUCCAUCCUGGUUUUUUCAUUUUUGGUUGAACGAAGGUAUUGCUAGACUGUUAGGAAUGGAUAUCAUCCACAAGAUUUUUCAAGAUUCAAAUUCCACAAGUAUAUUGGAUCUGUUUGCAGUACAAAGUAAACUAGAAUCUCUUCAGUUGGAUUAUUUUGAGUGGGGUAUUAUGGAUCCAGUUAUAUUCAAAAUCAACAAAACAAAAGAAGUCAAAUCACUUUUCUCUUUUUCUUAUUACAUCAAGGGACCUGUUAUAUUGCGUAUGUUACGACAGCAUCUUUCGGAUGAAGUAUUUCUACGUGGUAUUGAGAUGUUUCUUAAUGAACAUAUGUUUAGUUUGGUAACUACUGAUGAUUUCUGGAGGUCUAUGCAAGCUGCUCUAAAUACAACAAAACUACUUGAUAGUAAUUCUACCAAAAUAUUUAAUGUAAAAGAAAUGAUGAAUGCUUGGACCAAUCAAAGACAUUAUGCUGUGCUGAAGGUUAAAAUUAUGAACUGUACACCUUUAAGAUUAACGAUAGAAAAUUUUUACCGCUUGGUUGGCGAUGACUGGUUAUUACCUAUUACUAUAAUUAAUAUAAAACGGAUACAAAAUAUUGAGAUAUCAACUACAUGGCGUUAUUACUUGAGUAAAAAACAACUAGGUAAUACUUCAUACAUAGAAUUUGAACCUCACUGUAAAAAGGAUGAAUUGGUGAUAAUUGAUUUACAACAAGGAUAUUAUCGUGUCAAUUACGAAUCUGAAUACUGGCGAAUAAUUGCGAGAUAUUUGAAUUCUGCAAACUAUUCCGGCAUAGAGGUUCUUAAUCGUGCUCAAAUCAUUGAUGACGCCUUUCACUUCUUUUCGAUGCAACAACUCGAUAUGUAUUCAUUUUUGGAACUUAUAAAAUUCUUAUCACAAGAGACAAAUUAUGUGGUAUGGUAUCCUAUGAUCAAAGCUCUUGAAAGUAUGUCAAAAUUCUUUCCAAUCUACAAUCCAGAUGAAAAACCCAAUUCAAAAAACAUACUGAAAAUAUUGAAUGAUGUUCUUGAACGCAUUGGAUACGAAGAACAUUCUGAAGAAGACGAUCUUAUUAAAUGUUUAAGAGAAGAGGUCGUCAAAUGGGCAUGUACUUUCAAACACCCCAAAUGCCUACAAAUGGCGAAAUAUAAAUUAGAGCAACAUCUCUUUCAUCAUAAAGAAAUUUUACCGUGGUGGAAGGAAUGGACAUACUGUAAAGGUUUAAUGACAGAGAAAAAUUUAACUGGUAUUUGGAAGACAGUACUUGAAGAAUGGAUGUCAGACUCUGAUAAUAGAAUUUGGGAAUUUCUAACUUGCAUUGCACAUCCUAAUUCCAUUAAAGAGUAUUUGGACGAUAAAAAUCUAGAAGUAGCUGUUUCUUUGAAAAAUGUAUCUUUAAAAGUUCGAAACAUUGAUCGUGUUAAUAGAUUUCUUUUCACAAUCACGAAACAUGCAAAGAACAAUGAAAUACUUGAUUAUAUAUUAAAUAAUUUUGACAAAUUAAAACCCAGAGAAGUCAGUACGGUUGCAGCAUUGAUUAUUUUAAUUAAUAAUGUGUAUUCUAAGGUACAACUGCAAAAGAUUACAGCAUUUGUGAAAUAUAGUCUAGACAAAGGGUCAGUUGCUGCUCAAAAAAUUUUAAAAGGGAAUUUGUUCUUUCUUGACGAGUUUGUUAAGAUUACAGCGUUUGUGACAAAAGCUGUUCAAAAUAUUUUAAAACCGAAUUUGUUCUUUCUUGACAUGCUUGACAUGAUACGUGAAAAGGUGACAAAGUUGGGAAAUCAACAAAUUGAGUUUAUCAAUCACAAAAUACAAAAACGCGCCAGUGAAAUUCAUUCCUUUACAAUGACCAAUCGUUAAAUAUAAUUGUUCUAUAAAAUAUAUAUAUAUAUAUAUAGUAUAAAUUGGUUA